GUAAUAAGAGAAGCGUCUCAGCAAUGGCAGCGACCUUGUGCAGAGCAUGUUGUCUAUAACAGUGUAUUUAAUCGAAAUGCUCGUUUAUGGGCCACAAGAAGUGACAGUUUAGUGUUUAUAGUUUCCUAUUUAACGUUAACAUCAUGUUUUCCUUAAUGAAGGCUGCUGUCGGCGGACUGACCGGAAUCUGCAGAGUCUCCGGUCACCAACAAGGUCUUUUACACAGCCACUUGAAGAUCCUAACUGCUGGCCUGAAGUCAUAUGACAUACCUCCAGACUUCAGCGAUAUGGUGCUACCAGAGAAGACCAAACUGAAGUUUUUGGACAAGGUGCCUAAUGUUGUAAAGGCCAGGAAAUCGAUGAAGAGACUAUGGGACAUCCAAGGCCAAGAGUGGAAAGAAAACUCCUUCACAACAGGACGGUAUGCGAUAAUGGCCAUGGGUGGGGGCUACCUUCACUGGGGUCACAUGGAGAUGAUGCGUCUAUCCAUCAACCGCAAGAUAGAUUCCCAGACUACAUAUGCCAUCUGGCGCAUCAAGGCUCCACACAAAUCCGUCACACGUAAAGGUCUCGGUCAGCGCAUGGGUGGCGGCAAGGGAGCCAUCGACCACUAUGUGACACCUGUCCGUUACGGUCAUUUUAUUGUGGAGCUCGGCGGGAAGAUGGAGCUGGGGGAGGUUGAGCAUAUCUUGAAUACCGUGGCCAAGAAGCUGCCCUUUCCUGCCAAGGUUGUGAGUAAAGAGAGCCUGGCAGCCAUGAAAAAGCAGCUGGCUGAAAAGAGGCAGAACAACCAGAAUCCCUGGACCUUUAGGGAGGUAGUGCGAGGAAACAUGCUGGGUAUCAGGAAAGUGCUCAGCCCCCUCGACCUUCACAACCACGGACGCUUCACAGGCAGAUUUCACAAUCCGUGGAGGGUGUGACGGACUUGAGCGACAGAUCAACACAGUGUAAUGCUGUUACACCAUCCAGACCACAUCAAUGAAAAAGCAACCAAAAUAUUCAGUCAUAUUUGGGUGUCCUGUUUCAGGUCCUGUUUUUUUUACAUAAUUGUAUAAGUCAGUUGGACAGUUUGUUGUUUUUCUGCUUUAAAAAAAACUAAUAAA